AGUGAAUCAGUUCCACCACGGAUCUUAACGAGAACACACACGAAUCUCACAAACGAUUUUCACGAAAAAACCAAAAAAAUUAAUCAUUGGAAAAAAACAAAAGAAAAUUAGUGAAAGUGUUUCUGAUACACACGCACACAGCGAAACAAAAAUACGAAAAAAAAUUUUACAAACUUUUUUAAAUUAAUUAACAAAAAACAAAUACGAAAACCAACAACAUGUCUACCUUGAAUAUGCACCCACCACAAACCUACUCCAGACUAUUCCGUCCCUGGGAUUGCAUUCCGUCCCGCGAAGAAACCAACCGGACGCCAGAGGAAGUAGUGCCAGCCCAACAGCCGUUGGUCAAAUCGGAAUACAACUCCUCCACUGAAGACAUGUCAGCCUCAUCUACCUCAACUCUAAUCAAAGCUGAAAACCUGUCCUUCAGUGGCAACGAAAGCGAUCGCGAAUGUGCCUCGUCCAGCAGUUCCUCGAGCAAAUCCUAUGACGAGAGCUUCAACAACAGCAUUCAAAUGGAGACCUCCUCGCCGUCGGCCAAUACCACAACAUCGCACAACAUGAUGCCGCAAUCCAUGAACUAUGCUGCUGCUCCUUCCGCUUCUCACAUCUAUGGUUCCAUGGACAAUCCAAUGCAUUCCGCUUCAGCCAUGCACAUGAUGCCUCCAUCUGCCAGCGAUCUUUACUAUGCCGCUGCCGCCGCAGCUGGAUUACCAAAUGUAGCCCCAACCACUUCACCCUCGGCCGCCGCCGCUGCUGCUGCCGCCUAUGCCUUGGAUCCCUAUGCCUUGAGUAUUAUGGAGCAGGAAUAUGCCCGUGUUAUGGCCGAGGAGGCCCAUCUGAAGGCUGUCAAUGCCCGCAAACAGCGACCAAAGAAAUUCAAGUGCCCCCACUGCGAUGUUGCCUUCUCCAACAAUGGCCAACUCAAGGGACACAUCCGCAUCCACACCGGCGAAAGACCCUUCAAAUGUGACGUGGAAACCUGCGGCAAAACCUUCACCCGCAACGAAGAACUGACACGCCACAAGCGCAUCCACACCGGUCUGAGGCCCUAUCCCUGUACAGCCUGCGGCAAGAAAUUCGGACGCCGGGAUCACCUCAAAAAGCACAUGAAAACCCACAUGCCACAAGAACGCCAGCUGGGACCCGCCAUCUUUGUGCCAAUGUAUCCCUACCUCUACGGCUACUAGGCGGCGAGGCAAACGACAUUAGGACACAACGCGGUGUCAGGAGAAAUAGUAUCGCAUGUGGUGGCUUGGCCCAAAUGCUGCUUCCAAUUUCAAGGUUCCUCAAAGGCAAAACGAAAGAAAAACGAAACAAAACGCGCUUGCACGCGUUAAAAACGCUACAACUCCUUCUCCCCAUCCUCAUCCCCCCGCAAAAAAACAACACUCGAUUACCUCAAUUAUUCUGAAGUACCUGGUUGUAACGAAGAACGAAGAAACUCGAAACUCUCAAAUGCAACGAAACAAAAAGUCUCUUCUCUUUUCUACGCCAAACAAAAACAACAAAAGUACAAUCGUCAAACAAAUGGAACAAAAAAAUAUUUAUUUUUUUAUAAAUCCACCAAGAAGAAAAAGAUGAAACGCAACUCUUCAGGAAAUAUCAAAUUUACACCGAAAGUAUCGUCUUUUUGGAUACUUCUUGUGCUUGUCUUGAAACAAACAAACAAAAUCUGUAAAAUAUUUUUAUGUUUUUUUUUUUAAUUUUAAUUUCAUUUAGUUUUAUUAUUUUUAUUAUUAUUAUUUUUAAGUUUUACUUUUUGAUAAGAAGAAGAAGAAUGAAAAAACACGAACUAUAUACAAAAAUAUACAAUGGAAAAAAAUUUGAAAAUUA